GAAGAUUACAAAUUUUAAGCUCGUUAAUUGAAUAUCCAUGAGGAUGUUCACUUCACUAUCACAAACGUAAUGGUUUUCUUGAGGUGAUUGCAAUAACACUGACUUAGUAAAUUCUGCUCGGAUCAUGUCAUAUAAUUCUAAAACGAUAAAUCAGGCCAUAAAAUGUGUCGACCUGAAACGCAGCAAAACUUUCAGCCCGUCGCCUGUUCCUGAUAAUUUAGAUUCUGCUUCGCCCACCGUUAAACAAUGCAUUUCGUCUUACCACUCGCCUAUACAGUGUUUUAAAAUUCAUGACGAGCAAAGGUUUCACAAGAAAUACGCUUGUUUAUCCCUCUCGAAUCUGGACUUGAUUGAAAGAAGAAUUCUAGCACAUGAAAAACAACCGAACAACUUGACAAAUGAAACUUCGAAAAAUGACACCACCCAAAUAAAUGAUUAUAAUGUUUUCGGGUAUUCAGGCAGUUCUGUAUUAACACUGUCUAAGUCACUGCUGGGUAUACGCGAACCCUUGGAGUGGAAGGAUACUAUCGAAAUUCGUCAGUUAAGCCCUGGAUGCAAAUGGCCAUCUGAGCUACUCAAUCCGACCAAAAGUCAACCAAAUACAACUUUGUAUCUCUUGACGGAGUUUCUCCAGCUGCAAUUAGACGACGGUAACCUAGAGCCUAUUUUCGGUUCAGCAUUUAUUUACGAUGUUCAUUCUCGCCUUAAAGUUUCAGAAACAUUCCAUUUUGACACCAAUUCUACUAAAAUGAUGAGCUUGUUUAGUGGUAGUAUGACGAACCAGCAAUUAGCUUAUCGUGAUGUGACCUCAUUGGCACAGACCUGUCUGUUUCGAAUAAGUGGUCGAUACAAUCUGUCCAACUCAACAGAUCUCAGAAGUAAUACUACGAAACCUUAUUUAAAAACACCGUCUGGGGGUUCUGCGGAAAAAAUUGGAGUAAACUCGAAUGUUCCUGCAAAUGAUUGUGAAUCAAAUAACGAUGAUGAUUUUGGCUUAGAAGACGUCCUACUAUUUGCUUCAGAAUGGACUGAAAAGCUUACUUUUAACUCCUGUAAAACAUCUUGUUGUAAAGGCGGAUUGUUUUUAAUUAUUCGAGUAGAGAAGGUAUUACAGCAAGGUGAUGUAAAUGAUAUCAUUGAAGGUUAUAAUAAGGAUGAAAAAAAUAAAGAUAAACUUAAAACCACAAUAAACUGGUGUUGUCAACGCUUAGGACGUUAUCGUAUGCCCUUAGUUUGGACUGCUGUUGAUUUAACACCAUAUAUGAUUGAUCCUCGUAAUAAAUUUAUUCAAUCACAAACUGAUGAUACUCAUUGUGCAAAAACAACAGAAUCCAUUAAUCACGACAAACAAUAUUCUGAGUUUAAUAAACGGAAUUUAAAUGGUGGCGGUAGUACACGUAGUCGGUCAGUAGAUCCUGCUUUACACAAUCAUUCAGAGGAUAAUAGUAUUAAUCCUUAUGAUUCAUUAUCAUCAUCAAUAUUUGGUGUAUCGAAUAGUCCAGAGGGUUUCGUAAAAAAAGCAAAAUAUGACUGGAUAAAAGGAAUGGUAACUAGUCAUCAUGAAAAACGCUUUCAUCAAAGUAUUUCUACUUGUUCAAAAAAUAUUGAACAAUCAGAUUCAAUAUGCUUUUCACCCAUAGAACUAAAAAUUAAUAAUUUUUUUAGACAGGAAAAAGAUCGAAUAAAUGACGAUGAGUUAUUUCGUCAGGUUAAUGAAAUUCAUCGUCAAACUCUAUUUAAUCAUCGACCUAUCAUUUCACCUGGUCCUGGAUUAAAUGGUAUUUUAAUGAACAAUCACGUUGUUAAUAAUAAUAAUAACGGUAAUAAUUCAGAGAAUUCUAAUUUAAAUAUUUCCAACUUUUCAUUAAAUCUUUCAUCUGCAUUUAGUCCUACCAGUGGUUCAGUGAGACGUUUCAAAACAACUUCUAAUAUAUCAUUAAAUAUACGUUUACAUUGGGCGACUCCACAAACUCUUAUUAAUUUGUUAAAGUCAACAAAUCUAAGAAUUGAAAGAUAUUCAAUUCCAAAUAGAAAAGAUGAGUUAAAUAGUCAGUCUAGAAUUUUGCUCAAUCCCGAAUGUCUUCCGUACAUUGGUUCUAUUUUUCAAGCAUUUAGUGGUUUUUCUGUUAAUAAAGUUGACAAUAACUCUACAAUGUUUGAACAUACACCAAACUUGAUUCGUGAGGUUCUUGAAUUGCCUUCACCAGAUCUAAUGGUUCCAUUUACAUCAUAUCGUAACCUUUUAUAUGUAUAUCCACGAAGUGUUAGUCUUCCACCUUCAAAACAGGCUUCUUCUCGAAAUAUUACUGUUCGUGUACAAUUAAUGUAUAGUGACUCUACUGUAACUAAAGUACUUCCAGCUAUUUAUGGCAAAAGUAAUUCUCCUAGGUUUAUAAGCGACGCGUUCACUACAGUUCUAUAUCAUAACAGAUCGCCAGAAUUUUUCGAUGAAAUAAAAAUUCAGUUACCUGGAAAAUUGGAAGAAACGCAUUAUCUGUUAUUUACAUUUUAUCAUGUAAUUUGUCAAACGAAAAAACUUGAAUCAUCUGCGUCUUUAGAAACUGUAAUUGGUUAUUCUUGGCUACCUUUAUUAGAACAAGGAUGUUUAAAAGAUCGUGAUCUGAAUUUGUUAGUCAGUGUAGAAAAACCAUUCCCAGCUUUGGCAAUGAUUAAGCCGGACAUAAAAUCGAUCUCAGAAAAGUUUUGUAUGGAUGCUUGCAAAUGGGUUGAUGCUCAUCGUGAACUAUUCAGUGUUUCUACAACUGUUGUUUCUAGCGUUUACAUGCAAGAUGCUUCAUUAGAAUGUCUUUUAUCAGCUUGUCAUAUAAAUCGAAUGAAUUCUACCAUUGAAAGUUUUGCUAAUCGAUCUGCUGUCCGUCAACUAUUCUCAUAUAUUCAUAAAACAAGUCUUCAUCAGUUAACUGCAUUUUUCGUACCACUCCUUGAUGGCUUUCUUCGAUUGUUAUUUAAUUGUAUAAUAAGUACUAUUUCGAUCAAAAUGAAUGGUACCAAAUCGAAUAAUAAUGGUAGUAGUAUGGAGAUGAAUCGAUCUAGUCUAAUCGCGUUAGAAUUGCUCAUUGUAUUUUUGAAUCGUAUUACACGAAGCUUUCCUCAUUUCAAUGAUAGACAUGGACGAAACCAACUUCUAGUUUCAUAUUUAACUGGCCCACACUUUUUAACCAUUGAAACAGUUUUAGGUCAUUACUUUUCUGGACAUCCGUUAUUUGGAGUACCGAUAGUUUCGGAUUUGGUAAAUUCUGAACAGAUCGAUAAAAACCUUUUAGCCAAUAUCAUUUUAACUGAACUUAUAAAAAUCUAUCUAUUCAGAACUAAACUCAAUGAUUCUCAAAGUAGUCAAACCUUUUUCCCUUCAUUAUGGUUUCUUUUGGAAUUAUUUAUUCAUUUAUUAGCACAAGAUUGGCACUUAACAAUAGAAGCUAAUGAACCGAACAUCAUUUUACCACUAUAUGAAAACCCUUGUUUUUUGGAAGAUUUAAGUUCAUUUAAUACAUGCCUAACAGAAUAUAUGAUUCGAUAUUUUUUUAGUCAACAUACUAAAAUUUCGGAUGAUUCAACUCAGUGGGAAUCGUAUCGACUAAACAAUCAAAUAUUCUCAUUUUUCCUUUACGAUCUUUUCUCAUUUCUACCUAUCGAGUAUAUUUUUUCUGAAAUAACAAAUUAUUGGAAUAAAAUUGAUCAACUACUCUCAGAUGCAGAAUUAACUCAAACUCCAAGUGAUAAAUUAUUAAAUUAUUUCAAAUUAGAUUUAUUACAAAUAAUUUGUUCACAUAAAGCAUUUUACCUGUUGAAUGAUUGCAAUAACGACAAUGUUAAUUUUAAUAACUUAUUACCAGUAAAUUGUGAACGAUUACUUCAAAGUUAUAAGCAAUUAUCCUUAUGCAAAAAAAAUCAUCAAACAAAGCCUUAUCUAAAAUCAAAUUAUAUUCCGUUAGCUACUAUUGAACCAGAAUUCUAUGGAACUGAAGAUAAUCAUCGUCAACAUUAUCACACUGAUGAUUAUAAUGCAAAAAGUUUAGGUAUAAAUAAUGUGAAUGUCUUCAAUAGACAUUUUCUUAUUUCACUAGUUAUUUGUGAAUUGAUCACAGCUUUAACAUCUGAGGACUCUGACCUACAAAGACGCGGAGUUGAUGUUCUUUGGAACAUUCUAUUAAAUAAUGAAUUGGAUCUCGAAAAAGAGACACUAGAAGAUAAUUCUUCAUCUCAAUCGAUUUCUAAUCUAUCUCAACUCACUUACUUUUAUUCCCCAAUACUUAAUAUUACGUGCAGUGCUUUGCCAUGUCUUGUUAAAACAUGGCAUUUAAACCGAUUUCGAUCAAAUCGCUCUACUGACAUUGAAUUUCUUAAACCUAAACAACAAUUUACAAAUAAUACAACAGCAGAUAAAGUAGUUCCUAAUUCAUCAAAUGAUUCUUGCUCAACAGUUCGAGCUUCCGGAAGAAUGAGACGUAUAAGGAGAUAUGCGAAAUCUUCAAAAUUCUUGGAAUCUAUAUCGGUCGGGAAUUCGAAUACCAAAGAACCUGAAAAACCCCGUUCUCCACUACUUAACGAAGAUUCAUAUGUGAACCUUAUAUUGAAUACCCAACUGGAUUCUGUUAAACCUAUGAAAUAUAGUACAAUGAAACGAUUACUGUUAAUUAGUGUUUGGAUUCUUAAAUAUAUCCCCGAUUCACUUUAUCAUGAAUGGCUUCAGCAAGCUAGCAUUAAAGAGAGGAAUCAGCUUUUGUUAUUGAUUUUCUUAAUCGUAGAUGUUUUCGAAACUCACAUUUCCGAAGAUGAUUUACCCCUUAAAGAUAGUUACCCUCUAAGAGAUAGUAAAAAUCACUCAGAUUAUCAAGUAAUUGAGAAUGAAUCACGAAAUACCUCGGAUCAAAAUACUUCAUCAAAUGAUCAUAAUUCUAUUGAUCGAUCCCUUAAAAAAUCACCACAUGAUCCACUUAUCAAGUUGAAAUCUCCAUCAGUUGAUUGUACUUUGUCAAGUCCUUAUGUUCAUCAAAAUAACAACACUUCCCCAAGUCAAAAAUAUAAUUCUCGUCCAAAUUUACUAAAGCUCAAGACUAAACUUACAAGAUCUAAUAGUUUUUCACUGGGAUCAUAUUCAAAUGAAACAGACUUGUUCAGCUCAAAUCAAGAUUUAAAUGUUCUACGAAGUAUUUUGAUUUCUAAUGAUGUUGUUAUGGUCUUGUGCAAUUCAUUGGAUGCUACAAUAGAAGGAUUAUGGCAAGCGGACACAGCACUUGGUCAACCUGGCUUAAGUUUAUUCACACUUUAUAAUUAUCCAUUUAAUUGCAUUCUACCUUAUAAGAAAUCGAAUUCGAUUAAUAAUGAAAACAAUACCUCUACAAGCCAAUGUCUUAUCAGUUGUAUUAUUCGUAUAAUCUUAUAUGUACUUGGUUUAAAUCAAAGCUCAAUGAGUUAUCAACGUAUUCUACUUUCCUUGAAACGUAUCAUAUCACGUUUCCCUAGCUUCUUAUUUGAAGAUAAUCCGGAAUUUUGUUCUGUUUCAUGUCAUCAUUUAUUACGGUUAUGUACAAUGAAAGAAACAACUGUUCGCGACGAUGCUGUAGAUACAUUGUAUUUCUUAAUAAGAAAUUAUUACACACUAACUAAAAAUUUGUCUUUUGUCAAAGUACAUCUUUAUUUAACAUUUAAUUCAUUUUUUACAAAGUUAAUUAAUAGUGGAAUGAUCAUAUCAAAUAAUUCACUAAUGAAUAAACAUUCAAAUAAUAAAAUGAAUACUGAAAAUAUUCAUUUUACAUUAUCGUUUACUUUGUUAAUGAAAGCAUAUUUAAUUGAUUCAUUACAUUAUUUAAAACAUUUAACCUUAUCAGAUGUUGAUUCUAACUUAUCAACUAAAUUAAUUAAUAAUAGUAACUAUGACGAAACAAUGUUUGAUUCAGAAAGAUAUAUUGAACCAUUUAAUUUAACAUCAUUAUCAUUGAAUAAUAAUGAUGAUGGGUAUAAUACGGUUUCUGGGAUAACUGCAACACCAAUAACAGUGCCAACAAUACCAUUUAUUUCAAAUAUUCCUACUUCAAAUUUUACUUUACAAAUUAGUCAACUAGUAGAUAAUUUAAAAUAUUUAUUAAAUGAUGCUAUACGAUUACAAGAUACAAUUCAUGUUGUAUAUAAACGACAACAGGAACAAUCGAAUGAUUAUUUUAAACAAACAGUGAAUGAAGAUACACUUUCAAUGAUUGAUCUACUACAUUCUAUAUCACAUAGAAAUCGUGCAUCACCGGAAUUACGAUUGUAUUGGAUUUUGCAAAUUGCUGAGAAGCAUUAUGAACUUUCUCAAUUUGCCGAAGCUUCCCAGUGCUUAGCCCAUUGUACAGCUAUUGUCGCUGAACAUAUGAUUAAUCGAGGUUGUAGUCCAUCUGGACUAUCAUCAGCUGGAUGUGCAGAUAUUGCUGAUGCUGUACAAAAUCUAAAUAUACUUGAAGAAAGUUGUGCGUGCGGCUUUCCUAAUACAAGUGUAUUCGAUAAGUUCAGUUGUUCCACACCGAUAAUUCUACAAGAUUUAUCAUCUCUUAUGCCUUUAGAUGUUUCUUGGCAUUUUACAAUGCCUGGAUUUAUGGCACUAAUAUCCUGGACAGCAGAAUCAUUUGCGAAAGCUGGCUUUUAUGAAAUAGUUCCAUGUUUAUAUUCUCGCCUUGUGCUUUUGUUGCAAUCAAGUAAUGAUUAUGGACGUCUAGCAGAGAUCCAUGGACGAAUAAGAGAUGCAUAUACCGUACUGAAUAAAAACCAGAAUACUAAAAGAAUGUUCAGUAGUUAUUUCCGUGUUGGUUUUCAUGGAAUUAUUUUUGGUGAAUUAAACGGUAAAGAUUUUAUAUAUAAAGAAGCUCCAUUCACAAAAUUGGCUGAGAUCACUCAUAGACUUCAAGCAUUUUAUGGAGAUAAAUUUGGUCAAGACAGGAUAGUCAUCAUUAAAGAUUCAAAUAUUGUAGACGAAAAACAAUUGGAUAGUGAUAAAGGUUAUCUUCAAAUCACUUUUGUGGAACCAUACUUGGAAGAUUUUGAACUUCGAAGACGUACAACUAAGUUUCAUUGUAAUUAUGGCCUAAAGCGUUUUGUUCUUUCUCUACCGUUCACAAUUGACGGACAGGCUCAUGGUAGUUUGAGUACACAAUACAAGCGUAAAUACAUCCUAACUACGUCCCGAUGUUUUCCAUAUAUGAAGACACGUUUAUUAGUUGUAUCAACUGAAUCUCAGACUCUGACCCCAAUUGAAGUUGCUUUAGAAGAUAUAACACAUCGAGUUGAACAAUUAAAUCGAGUAUUAACAACAGAACCACCUGAUGUCAAAUAUUUACAAAUGUUAUUACAAGGAUGCAUCGGAACUGUGGUCAACCAAGGACCUGUUGAAAUGGCAACAACUUUCUUGGGACAUGAAAAAAAUAAACCCUUAAAAUCAUUAAUUCCCGAUAAGAAUAAAUCGUCUACAGCAUUAAAUUCCACUACAUAUGAAGAUAUACAAAAUCGUCUUAGGAUAACUUUUCAACAAUUUCUUAUAAAAUCAUAUGAAGCUCUCCGUCUAAAUGAAUCAUUAAUCGGUUCUGAUCAGACAGAAUAUCAUAAAGAAUUGGAAAGAAAUUUCAUCAAUGUUAAACGACUACUUGACCCUUUGAUCGUGAUACCUAAAUCUACUUUGACUAAUGGUUUUACAGGGGUGAAACAAAAUGAUGAAUUUCCACUAAAAUCAACAAAAUAAUUGCAUAAAGUCUGCUGAAUAAUCUUCAAUUUAUUUUAUGCUACUGAAUAUUAUUUUUAGUAAUCACCUCCGCAUUUACUUAUUUACAAAAUUUCAUAUACUCGUGAAUAAAUUAAGGUAUUAAAAAGUGAUGAUACCUAAUUUAUAAUUUGUUCAUUCCGCGAUGUCAAUCCGGUAAAAUUCUACCCAUCCACUUCGUUCUUUUCAUCACUUCUGUUGUUUAUUUCCACUUGAUUUUGUUAUUUAAUAAACUGAAUAAUUUUGAAUACUUUACAUAAUUUCAUUCUUUUCUCACUUCUUAGCCUCUUCUCACUUUUUAAAUACCUACAGAAGACGUGUACAAUAGUUUAUCCCGCAAAAUUAUACUGUGAUAAAACAUUUUCCGCACUCUUAACCCGGAUUUCUACGUUUUUAUUUAUUUCGUUUUGGAAUUUCCUCGUAUUAAUUUAUCUACUCUGCAUUGUACUGUAAAUACGUGUAUAUUAAUUAUUGUAUGUGAACAAAUAUUCCUACUACAAUUUAUUUAUGUAUAAAUACAUUGAUAUGUCUAUUAUGAA